AUGCGUUCGGACGCCUCGAAGCAGAUGACUUCGGGAAGCGCGUUUGUGCAGAUGAUGCGGCAGAAGCGUUUGAAUAGUGGGGACAAUACCAAUGGCCCACUCCUCAAUGGAAUGCAGGGUACACUCUUACCGCCUAUCGCGUCUCACGAUGCACCGGCUUACCCCGCUAUAAAAACACCUUCCACCAUCGCAAGCGAUGCGGCCUGUAGAAAGUUGUCCGUGAAAACCCCCCCGACGGAGCUUCUUCGAGUAAUUGGUGAGCUGCAGCGUGAGCUGAACGCUCGGACGGAUAGCGUCAACGCGAUUCAACGGAAUUUUGAGCGCUUGAGCGGGAUGUACCGGCAGGACCAGGAGGAGCUCGCGCGGAUUACGUCCGAGCUACAAGGGCUGAGGGCGGCAUCAAAGGAUGCGGCCGCCAGGGAGAAGGUGCUGCUGGCGGUACAACUAGAGCUGGGUAAUUUCAUGCAAACGCACAAGGAGCUUCUUGUCAAGGCCGAAGAUGAAAGACGGGAUCAUAUUGUGGUGCUGUCUGCCGCAGAGAUGCAGCAGAUUAUCCUGAAAGAAACGUGUGAGGGUUUAUCAAAGGACAAUAUGAUCCUAUCCGAAAGAAUCGAGGAGUUGGAGUGGAUAUAUAAGCAGGCCAAUGCCGACAUUGCGGACAUCCGCCAGAGAGCCUCGCUUCAGAUACUGGAGGAUCGCAAAAGGCAGCGAAACACUGUGGAGAUGUUCGUUAGACGCGUCAUGGCAGCCGUCGAAGACUGCAUUUGUUCAAUCAAGACGUCUCCUGUGGUAGGGACCUCAGGGAUGCCUUCAAGCGCAGGUGGUAACGCAAAGGAAACCCCCUGCGUUGUUGGUCAAAAUGAGGAUCCUGUGGGUGCAGUCAUUGAUGUAGAAACCUGGGAGCCUUGGGUAGAGGAAGCUGCACAGGAUUUGUUUUCUAGACUCAAGAUAAUUUCACCAACUUUACAAAAUGUAUUAUCCGCCGCGCGUAAGGCGAUGUCGGAGUUGAACUUCUCCUUUGUUGUUCAGUCAACAAUUGAACCCGCUGAAAAGAGCUCUCGUCAGCGGUUGGAAGAACUCGAAAUCUACAGCCGAAGCGUAUUGCAGAGGUCUGCGCAGGACUUGCUGGAUAUCGUGUCUUGCACUUUAGCAAAGGAGAAGGAAAACUCAGCAGCGAAAGAGAAAAUAUUUCAGGAUGAGUGCGAUCGCUUACAAAGCUUCACCCAUGAAUUAACUUUGGGGUGUGAGGCCGCACUACAGCAUGUGUGCGGCAUGCACCUCACAUUACUAGAUUCAUAUUUCGAUAACAAGAGUCAGUGUCUUCUUGACAUCGCAUUUGAUAGUCAGACAUACGCACAAAAACAAGUACAAAAGGUCUGCGAGAUGUCUGCGAAGGUACACGAAGUUGAGAGUUGCUUAAUUAAAGCAACCCGCGAUUACGAAAAACGAAUAAUGACUAUUCAGGCAGCCCAUUCUUCUACACUGGCCCAAAAAAAACAGGAGGAGGAUCAUAUAAAGAUUCAACAUUCCCGAGAGGUGCAGUUUUUGAGAGAUCAACUUCGAGAGUCCUUUCAACAAAAGAAGCAGCUUUUGAACGAAACAAAGGGGGAUUUCGAGCAAGAAGUGCGGGAUCUCAAGGCUCAGAUGGACAACCUAGAGAACGCUAAUACUCAUGCACAAGAAGAGGCACACACUAAAUGGCAGAAAAUGGUCGAGAUCAUAGAUACUGAAUCGGCAGCGAGAAUGACGAUCAUGACUGAGGAGAAUGCACACCGCCUAAGUGAAGAGCGUACUGUCGGCGCCGCUCUACUUGAGCUGGGUGUAAACAAAAUUAGUUGUAUUCACCUUUCACAACAGGGUGCAUUUGACGCGCUAAAGUACACCGAGGAGCAGCAACGCUGUGCUCUUUACUUCGAGGAAUAUCAACCUCGAUUGUCGGUGCUUCAGGACUCCUGGCAAACUCAAUCGCAGUGCCUGGAAUUGGCCUACAAACAUGACAUGGAGAUGGCUCACAGGGAGGAGACGGCUAAACUGCGAGAAGUUAUUCAAACCCGUGAUCAACAACACCUAUGUGAGCUGGAUGAGCUCCUUAAACAACUUGAUACGGCAAAGAUGACCGAAACACAGCUUCAAGCGGAAUCCGCGACUUUGCAGUCCAGCCUCAAGGAGGAGCAGGCCAUGAGCUAUAAGAGGUCUCGCGUUGUGUUCAGCGCGGUGGGGUGCCUUCUGUCCGUUGAGGAGGCUAGCGAAAGCGCCUACUCGUGCUUGAGCUGCUUGAAGCUUCUGAAGACCCCUCAGACCUGCGUCCCAUGCGGCCACACCUUCUGCGCCGCCUGCCUGUUCGAGCACUCGCGAAACAAAGGCGAGUCUGCGCAAAUGUGGGAAAGCGCCGUGGGACAUGCCCAUCAUGAUACGUUGUUGUUCUGUCCCGAGUGCAAGAUGCAAAACGUCCGGGCGAUCGUUAGCACGCGUGCCUUGGAGGAGUUGGCUACGAAAUUCACGUACAAGAUGAAAGUCCUCCGCGACGUCCUUGCGUAUCUGCGGCCCGGUGCAGCGGAAGAUGAGAUCUUCGAGCUACCUCUAAGCGGCGAUGAGGUGUUGUUACCUUCCUAA